UAUUUUGAGAAGAACAUGUUCACAGUCAAUUUCUUAAAGGAAUAAAAUCUCAACAAAAUCUUUGUAAUAGAGACAAAUAUUAAUUGCAUACAAAAUUCCAAUUGGGUUAUAAUGAAUAAAAAUACAUAAUGUUAUUUUGGAAGCAAGUUGGUAAUGAAUUACAGAAAGAGUGACAUUUAGAUCUACAAAUUAUUCUGUUCUUUGUCAUCUCAUUACCAAAGUGUGUGGAACAUAGUUUGCCAAGAAAUGGGGAAGACAAGCAAAUGGAUCAAGAAUUUGUUGGCCGGGAAAAAAGACAAGCAUCUCGUCCAUGAGAAGCCAACAUCACCUUCUUCCGUAGCGCCAUCAACCCCUAAGGAGAAGCGUAGAUGGAGCUUUAGGCGGUCGUCUGCCAACCCUCCGCCUACCACCACCACCACUACCAAUUCCAUAGAGCUAAUGUCUACUACACCAACCUCAUUGCUACAUGAAGUAGAGAACUACGAGCAGAAGAAGCUUGCAAUGGAGGUAGCUGUUGCUAACGCGGCUGCCGCCAAUGCAGCAGCCGCAAGAGCAGCUGCUAUCGUGAAACAUGCUUCCGCUACCAAGAUUCAAUCGGUUUUUAGGUCUUACUUAGCAAGAAAGGCAUUGUAUGCUUUGAAAGGAUUAGUGAAGCUACAAGCCCUCGUGAGAGGCCAUUUGGUGAGGAAACGAGCUACUGCGACAUUAAGGUGCAUGCAGGCGUUGGUGACUGUUCAGGCACGUGCUUGUGCUAGACGAAGGCGUAGUAAUGAUGGAAUAAAUCCAUAUUAUGGUUGGCCUGAGUCGGAAUUUUAUCAUGGUAUCAGAGCUCAAGAUUGUCCAGAAGAACACAUCAAGAUUGUAGAAAUGGACACCAGAAGUACUAGAAAAAGCUAUUCUAGAGAAAGAGGUUCCAUUCCUGCCUCACCCGCACCGUCUGAACCAAGUCCAAGGGGUUAUGGUCAUCAUUUUGAGGACUUUUCGUAUGUUAACACCCAAAGUAGCCCAAGUUCAAAACCUGAAUAUGCUGAAUCGUUGUACGAGUUUCCAAGCUAUAUGGCAAACACUCAAUCAUCAAGGGCAAAAGCACGGUCCCAUAGCGCCCCAAAGCAGCGGCCAGCUGAUAUCAAUUCAGUCUAUGAAAGGCAGUCUUCAAGUGUAGCUAGAAGACGUCCUUCGAUAGAGGGAAGGAACGUCCCAAGAGCCGUCAAGAUGCAACGGUCCUCUUCACAUUUGGGUCAGGCUGGUGGCCAGAACAUCCAUUAUCCAUGGUCGUCAGUCAAGCUCGAUAAGUCAACUGUUUCUGUUUUAGGUAGUGAAUGCGGGUCAACGAGUACUGUCUUAACCAAUGUUAAUUACUGCCAAUCGCUAGUUGGAUUCGAUACUACUCAUCAUCGCAAUGAGUAUUGACUUGAUGACUAUAACUCAAAAGGUGCCAUCAAUCUUGUUGUAUCUUUUUCGAUUAUACGAUUUUGAACUGUUUUUAAAUUGUGUUUUACGUGAAUAUUUAGUAUUUGUAUUGCUUGUUUCCCUUUUACGAAAUAUCUAUGUAUCAACAUUCUCAAGAUUAAUGUAUUGAGUGUUAAAAGUUAAA